UGACGUACAUUUGACGCGUCGUAGUUCUGUGUCAACAUGGCUGCACGCGCUGGAGAUAAGCGUGGUCUGGAGCAUUUAGAUGAAUAUGACCCCAAACCGGCAAAACAGAACAAAAGUUUGCACGAACAGAUGACGGAAAAGCGUCUCGUCGUUGUUUUAGAAGGAGCGACGCUUGAAACCGUGAAGGUUGGAAAGACAUUUGAGUUGCUGAACUGUGAUCAACAUAAGAGCAUGAUCAUAAAAAGCGGAAGAGACCCUGGAAAGAUUCGCCCUGAUAUCACACACCAGUGCCUGUUGAUGUUACUGGACAGUCCUUUAAACAGAGCUGGACUGCUGCAAGUGUACAUUCACACAGAGAAGAAUGUUUUGAUCGAGAUCAACCCGCAGACAAGAAUUCCUCGCACUUUUGCGCGAUUUUGCGGACUAAUGGUCCAGCUGCUGCACAAGCUGAGUGUGAGAGCGGCAGAUGGUCCUCAGCGUUUGUUGAGGCUGAUUAAAAACCCGGUGUCGGACCACCUUCCGCCUGGAUGCCCCCGAUAUUCAACAUCCUUCAAAGCAGGAGACGCUGUUUGUCCCAGAACGGUUGUCCCUAAAGACGGCCCUGCCGCUGUCGUCGUUGGAGCAUUCGCACACGGAGCAGUGAACGUGGACUACACAGAAAAGACGGUGUCCGUCAGUAACUAUCCUCUGUCUGCAGCUCUGACCUGUGCCAAGAUGUGUUCAGCUUUUGAAGAGGUUUGGGGAGUGUUAUGACAGAACCAAACUGGUAUGAACUGUCAGGAACAGACCUUUUGGACUGUAUUGUGUUUGUGUGUACAGUCCAUUCCUUGGAGAAAAAAAAUAGUGUAAUAUGGCGGCACAGCAGCGGACAAUAUUUCAUGUAUUGUAACACAAUUUAACUCGCAUUGACGCAAACCAUUAUACCCUUAAAGUGUGGGGUAUUAGACUUCGCUUUCAUUUUGUAUAAGUAUAUACAUUUAUUAAUAAACGCAGAGAUCUGCAUUUCUGAAAGAA